CAACCAUUUAAGCACAUUUGAGGCCAGAUCGAUGCACUGUUACACUCACAUUAGCAUACAGUUAUGGUAACACACAUGGAACUCCAAAACAGGAAACCGGUCACGAGCUUGCUUUGCGGCCCCGCACGAACGUGGAAUGGAUCAAUUGCUGCACGACAGAGUUAACGUCGUAAGGUUAGUAUCAAGGCUUCAGAGGGACGUGAGCGAGCGCGUAUGGGAGAAGCGUUCCGACCUGCCUGCCUGGGUUCAGGUUUCGAGGGCACAGACCAAUGUGAAGUAUGCUCGAAAGUUACUGGCUAAGAUCCGAAAACACGAAGAUGACGUGCCAUACUCGCCUUCUACGUCCUCGUUUCCUACCGUUGUCAAGUGUUUAGACGAUAUAGAGCCUGUACUUCAAAAGGCUUAUAAUGAAUUGGCUCCAAAGCCUCAAAUCCGCAAAAGCCUUGUUAGCUCGCUACCGAAGCCAGAAUUAUGUCCCUCCGUACCAGCCACCGCCGCCCCAACCACUAGAUCCACGUCUGAGGGAAUGAAUAGACUUACACAACCUGAAUCUACACAUCCUGUGCCACAACCUCUAGAACUCGACCUGCUGCUGGCCUCGGACAACGCAGUUUCACUACCAUCAGUCCCUAAUUCCCCAUUCGCCCCACGCACUUUAGGCAGUGAAAUGCCCAUCCCCACGGACAAUGAAGCCCAGGUCGAGCCCGCAUCAUCGUCCUUCCUCGCCACAUCACUACAAACCCAAGAAGAGCUCUCCGCUCAACUCGCUCAGAUGGCGGCUCGACUGAAGCUCAAUACGAUGCAUUUUACUGAGGCGUUGGAGAAAGACAAGGCUGUACUUGAGGGCGCGGAGAUGAAGCUGCAAGGAAACUUCACAAGAAUGAAGGCAGAGAGAUCUCGGUUAGGUGCGUAUAGUAGUAAGAGCGGUGGUACGACGUGGAUUGUGUUCUUCUCCAUCAUCGUCGUAGCGAUAGCAUGGGCCGUUAUGUUUGUCAUUAUCCGUUUAACAUGAUCAAUUUAUUUCCUGACCCUCAGCGCUUGAUUAAU